GUAAGGUGAUGUGCAUAGUGCAGGUGCUGUGCACACCGCCGAGGGCUCCACUCUUCUCCUCGCCUCCAUCUAUGAAGACGGAAUGACACCACCCGUCCUCAUCAUCAUGAAAGGGACCUGACAUGUGCCCUCGCCGUCUCUCCCAUGAAGAAUCUCAAAGGCUGGAGCCCAGUCAGAGCAUCUGUCGUGUUCGUCGCGUUAUGUCUCAUUCAUCAGCUCCAGCAAACUAAAGGAAUCAGACUCCUGGUCUCGGACCCUAUCAUAAACGCAACAGUGACCCAAAAUGUCCUCCUGUCUGUUGAGUACAGAAGUAACGGAACCCCGUGGAUACAAUGGCAAUACAUGUCAAGCUGGAAGUCGCAGUGUAUCAUUGAGUGGAAGGUGAACUCUUACGUUAAUAUCUCUGCCAGUUACACAGGACGGGUUCACAGGUUUGAGAAUGGCUCCAUACAGCUGCAGAACGUGGAAGUGAGAGACACUGGUUUCUAUAUGAUCACAGUGAGUGAUGACUUUGGAAGUACCAAGCAGAGCACAAUUAUCCUCAAUGUUCAUGAAAUCCGCUAUGAAGAGUUCUACUUUGUGGCUGUGUUCAUUGCAUUUCUCGCCACAGGAUCCGCCGUGUUGGUCUGCCUGAUGUGGAUCUGCAACAAAUGUAUUAACAUUGCCCAGAGGAAAAAGCAGCAUCGGAGAGCAGAAGAGAUUGAGCUACGUAUCAUCUCAGCCUGAGCGACCUCGGCAUGGACCACCUACCUCAAGCCACUAGAGAGACUGUUGUCCAGUCCAUGUUUACCAGUGACCAGGGGUAGGGGGGGGCGCAGUAUGUCACCAUGGUAACGGAUAAGUACGCACUGGAUGCGGCACUACUGAGCACGCUCCGCAGUUUGAAGGACAUUUCCAUCUGAUAGAUUGGAGUCCGCAACCAAGUGCAUACUAGAUCAACCAGUACACCCCAUUGUUUCCAGUGUCUCAUCAGUGACACAACCAGUCAGUGGAGAUUCCUUUACCUCGAAGAGAAGGCGCACUCUUCGGCGACCUGUUACAGCACGCGCUGGUAACGACAAGGUCCACGUGUACGGUUAUGUUGUGUUUUUAUGCACUGUAUGGAGCCUGUUUACCGUCUGUGUUUAAGUUGUCAGUAUGUCAGAGUCGAUGGAUGAGCGAUGCUCAAAAAUGUGGUGUUGAAACGUGAGCCCUUGUAAAUAUCAUGCACUGUAUAGACGUAUACAUUUUAUAAAUGGAAC